CCGAGGAUGCUCGGACAGUGUGAUACCCAUCUUAGUCCAACGCUGCAUGGCACAGGAGAGAGAUAAAGCGUGAAAUGCAAAGAGCAUGAAUCAGAUUUUUUUACGCAGGGCCUGAGCAAAACCGCACGUGUAAUCUUGUCAUUUUAUCUUUUCUGGCUUGCUGGUGUUUUUCGGGUCGCUCUGCAGACUGGUUCCUGGCGCUGGAUUUAUGGAGAGCUGCUAGUGAAGUUGGAAGCCUGUGAAACGCAAUGGCCGUGGCGUUGGACGCCAUGUGGGUGCGAGUGAAGGGGGUCUGUAAGCAGAACGGCCUUCUCAUCCUCUCAGUGCUGGCCGUUGUUAUCGGAUGUUUGCUGGGAUUUUUCCUGCGCUCCAAGAACCUCUCGGAGCAGGAGGUGAAAUAUUUCCAGUUUCCAGGAGAGCUGCUGAUGAGGAUGCUGAAGAUGUUGAUUUUGCCUCUCGUUGUGUCCAGCUUGAUGUCCGGUCUGGCAGCGCUGGAUGCUAAAUGUUCCAGUCGACUGGGCCUCAUCACUGUGUCCUAUUACCUGUGGACCACCUUCCUGGCGGUUGUGGUGGGUAUAGUCAUGGUGUUAAUCAUUCAUCCGGGCGGAAUGGCACAGAAAGAAGACUCGGAGGACAGCGGAAAACCCAUCAUGAGCUCGGCCGAUGCCCUCCUGGAUCUCAUACGAAACAUGUUUCCUGCGAAUCUUGUUCAGGCCACAUUUCAGCAGUAUCGUACCAACAGCGUACCCAUAAUGACGACUCCGAAGACCACCGUGAGCCCGGGUCUGACAGAGAGCACCACCCGUCGGGCUCUCAUCUACGGGAUUCAGGAUGAUAACGGUACGGACAUCCAGAACUUUCAGCUGGAUCUGACCCCGCCUCCCGACGUGGUGUUCCGAACACUUCCCGGCACCAGUGAGGGAAUGAACGUCCUGGGAAUAGUGAUUUUCUCCGCCACUAUGGGCAUAAUGUUGGGCAGAAUGGGUCCUAAUGGCAGUGCCCUGGUGAACUUUUGUCAAAGUCUCAAUGAAGCUGUGCUGAAAAUCGUGGCUAUAGUCAUCUGGUAUUUCCCGUUUGGCAUUGUGUUUCUGGUGGCCGGAAAGAUUCUGGAGAUGAGCGACCCGUCUGCGAUGGGGAAGAAGCUGGGAUUUUACGCCAUCACCGUGGUGAUGGGCCUCAUUCUGCACGGCCUCUUCAUUCUGCCCAGCAUGUAUUUCUUCAUCACCAAAAAGAGUCCCAUCGUGUACAUCAGAGGAAUCCUACAGGCUCUGCUCAUCUCGCUGGCCACGUCCUCCAGUUCUGCCACACUGCCUAUCACGUUCAAGUGCCUACUGGAGAACAACCACAUCGACCGGCGAAUCAUUCGCUUCGUGCUGCCCGUAGGCGCCACCAUCAACAUGGACGGGACUGCGCUUUACGAGGCCGUGGCGGCCAUUUUUAUCGCCCAGGUCAACAACUACGAGCUUGAUUUCGGCCAAAUCAUCACCAUCAGUAUCACAGCCACGGCGGCGAGCAUCGGUGCGGCUGGAAUCCCACAGGCCGGCCUGGUCACCAUGGUAAUAGUGUUGACAUCUGUCGGCCUGCCCACUGAUGACAUCACUCUUAUUAUCGCUGUUGAUUGGGCCCUCGACAGAUUUCGCACUAUGGUCAAUGUGAUGGGGGACGCUCUGGCUACAGGAAUCAUGGCUCAUAUCUGCAGAAAAGACUUCAUCAAAGAGGGAGAUGGGGUCCCGCUCAUCUGCGAAACAAAGGCCCUGAAUAACCAGAGCCUGCCCAAUUGUCAACAGAACAAUGGGAGUUUCCAGUGCCCUCCAGCAGGGGGCAAACCUGAGCACAUCCCACCUGAUGUGGCCCGUCUCAUGCAGCUGGAAGAAGGGGUUCGUCCGCCACCCACCGAGCGGAAAAAGCCCCCGGUGCCCCCCCGCCACCUGAAACAUAGAGACAAGGACCAUUGUGCAGUUGACAUGAACGGUCUGGAGACUAACGUAUAGCAACCCUUCAGAGAUUUAAGACUAAUAUCGUAUGGACAACAUGAAAACACAAGCUUCUACUUCAGAGUGGGGGUCUGGAUGUAUAUUAUUUCCUCUUAUAUUUUGGGUAACAGCAUUUUUUUGGAUUUUUCAAAAAGGUGCUAGUCCACAGACUAGAUAUUGUGAUGUUACACAUGAUGCGAGUCUGCACAUAUGGGCCAGUGUCCCAGUUAUGCCAUUAUUGGCGGCACAUGUUGGUUGAUCCGUUCUGUGCAUUAGAUAAUGAGAUAUAAUGAGAAUAGAAAGCAGGUCGAGAUCCGACAAUCCAGCAUUUCUUUGGGUUGAAUAGAGCUGGCAGAUGGCAAUAUAUUUAUGGCCUUGAGAGCGAAGCUUUUCCUGUAAAUGUAUUUUGUAAAAUGGUUUGUUAAGUGUGAGUGAAUUUGCAGUUGUAAAUACACAAUACAGUAAUUACUGUACUGUAUGAACUGUUUAUUUCUAUUUCAAGUUCAUAUCAUUUUAUAUUUUAUUCUUAUUCAUUUUUGUCUUUAAGCAUUUUGAGUCAGGUGUAUUGGUCAUUCUCGGCGCAUGAUGAGAAUGAGAAUUAUCCCUCGUGUUUUUCUGUCACAUUAUUAGUCUUAAAUCUGGGUCAGUCCCGCUGUUUGUGUUCGACAAAUUAUUUCUAUAUUAAACCAAUAAGCACUCAUAAAACCAUUUAAAGGGAUAGUUCACCCCAAAAUAAAAAUGCUGCCAUCAUUUAUUCAUCCUCAUGUUGUUCGUAUCCUGUAUGACUGUUUUUUUCUGUGGAACAAAAAACGAUAUUUUGAGAAAUGUCUCGGAGGUUUUGUGUUCAUACAACGGGGGUCAAUGGGGUUCAGUGUUGUUCGGUUACCAACAUUCUUCAAAAUGUCUUCUUGUGUGUUCUGCAGAAGAAUGAAAGUCAAACAGGUUUGCCAUGACGUGAGGGUGAGUAAAUGAUGAAAGAAUUUUCAUUUUGAGGUGAAUUAUCCCUUUAAGGUAAGAGGUGCUAGCCUGUUCAUUAUAUCAUAUCCAGACAAAAGAAAAUCAAAAGGUGAUCCAAUGAUUUUUUAUACUGUAUACAGCCACGGGAAAAAAUGAAAAUGUACUAUAUAGGUAUUUGUUUGGGUAAAAUGAUGAUUUUUGUUUCAUUCCGUGAACAAUAUCUCUUCCAAAUUUCAAAUAAAAAUAAAGUUUGUAUUUGCAUUUAUUUGCAGAAAAUCUCAACUGGAGAAACAGGUGAAAAUAACAGUAUAGAUGCUCUGUAUUAUUUCAGACCACAAAUACAGCAAAGAAAACAAGUUCAUAUUCACUUUUGCAACAGUAUUUUUCUACAUGUAUUUAAUGUUAUAACCAGGGUUUUAAUCACAGUUUUCAUGUGUCUUGUCAUGCUGUCAGUUGUGUCUGUUGAAUUACUUUGUCACUCCUGAGAUUUGAUUUUGUUGAAAUACAACAGACACUGGACUGGAAUGACCACAAUACAUCUAGAAAUGCUGAUUUGAAUGGUUUCUUAUAUUUUUCCAUGGCUGUAUAUAAAUGACAUUUAUUUCAUAAGUACUAUUUAUUUUAAGAAUUUUUUUUAAGGAUUUGUAUUUGUGGGCUUGCGUCGAGUAUGUUGUGGCGCUUAUGCAGCAUCAUCUUAACCUCUCACAUCAACUAAAAUAUAAAAAACUGCAUGCAUUGAUAAUAAAGGAUUCAUUGAAAUUCCAGCGUGUAUGUUGGAGGGUAAAUUGUGAAGAAGUUUCAUCUCUCUAGUGAAGUACAACAGGGAUUUAUCUCAGUCAAACACCCGUGGGCUGUCACCUCUCACUGCCGUAUCUCAUUGACAUCGAUGUUUUCUUCACUUAAGAUGAACUCAAUUAGGUUGAAUUCACCUCACUCAGCUUCUGCAGCUGAUACACAGGUUGAGAAGUCUCCGUCGCUGAGGGUUUGCUGUGGAAACAAAUGUUUUUUUUAGAAACUGAUUUGACGUCCUGUUUGAUAUGGAAAUUUAUUUGACAUGCAGUUUCUAAGUGUCAAAAGGGAUUUCGUGAAGUGCUUAAAAUGCCAGUUUUCACUUUUUGCUCUCCAGGUUUUUUUCUGAAAUCUGCCUCGAGGUUGGGUUGAUUUAUUUGGUAGUGAAAUAAAUGUUAAAUCAAGGUCUGUGUACAAAAGCUGAAUGCUUCUCAGUUGCAUUUACACGUUAACAAAUGUUGAGUUGUUUCAAUCUGUGUUUGGGUAUAAAAUGUGAAUAAAAUGGCCAUGUUUGACCCAUGAGAUGACAACUUUUAAGAUGAAAGAUGAAAUUUUGUCUGUAAUGCGUUUCCUCAGAUGUUUUAGAAAUGGUUCAUCUCAUACUGUGUACAACGUACUUUCUAUAUUGCCUAGGGAUGUAGCAAUGUUAUCGAUAUCGUGUUAUCGC